AUGGUCAGCUCCUGUUGUGGCUCUUCCUGCUCUGGCCUGAGCUGUGGCUCUGGCUGCUGUGCUCCCUGCUGCUGCCGCCCUGCCUGCUGCCUUCGGCCAGCCUGCUGCCAAAGCACCUGCUGCAGGACCAACUGUUAUAGGCCCACCUGCAUUGUGUCCACCUGCUGCCGCCCCAGCUGCUGCGGUUCCAGCUGCUGCCAGCCUUGCUGCCAGCCCUGCUGCCGCCCUAGCUGCUGUGUGACUAGCUGCUGCCGUCCAACCUGCUGUCGACCAAGUUGUUGCCAGUCUGUGUGCUGCCAACCUACCUGCUGUCGCCCUUCCUGCUGCCAAACCACUUGUUGCCCCACAACUUGCUGCCGCCCCAGCUGCUGUGUGUCCAGCUGCUGCCAACCCUGUUGCCGUCCCAGCUGCUGUGUGUCCACCUGCUGCCAACCCUGCUGCCGUCCCAGCUGCUGUGUGUCCACCUGCUGCCAACCCUGCUGCCGCCCCAUUUGCUGCAGAACCACCUGCUGUCGCCCAGCCUGUUGUGGAUCCUCCUGCUGCUAA